UCAUGGACAGCAAACUUGUAUCUAUUUAAAAACCCCUAAUAGAUUGUCCAGCUGCAGGAUGCGCGAGAUCGAGGACGCCGCCGCGAGCGCACAGGAAGCGCUGACGACGGCGACAAUGGUGGAGCUCGCGGGCGGCGGCGGCAGGGACGCGGGGGCCAUGGACCGGGAGAUGCAGGCGAAGGCGGAGGGGAUGAGGCGGGUGCUGGAGAUGGCGGACGCGCUGCGCCUCGAGACGAUGCGCGAGGUGGUGGCGCUGCUCCGCCCCGCGCAGGCCGUGCACUUCCUCCUCGCCGCCGCCGAGCUCCACCUCGCCGUGCACGACUUCGGGCGCCACAAGGACGACCGCGCCGGCAACUUCGCCGCCACCGCGCCGCCGGAGUGACGGACGCUGGCGCGCGUGAAACGAUAACGGGCUUGCCUGCCUGCCUGGCUGCUCUGCUUUUGCUUGUGUCGUGUAGCUGGGGGGCUCCCUGUUCCAAGCUGUCACGGUAAGCUUCUGACCAUUUGUUCCUCUUGUUGUGUCUGUUCACUGUGCAGUCGUGUUGUUCGUAUCGUUUGGGAGUAGUAGAGCUGUUAUGCUUCAGCAGUGAAAUGAAAAUAAUAAUUUGGAUUUGGUUUCCGUCGACAAUGAAAUAGAUGUUGGACUGAUUUUUAGGAUCAUGUUUACACUAAUCAACCGAUUGAGAUUUUUUACUUUUUAA